AUCUUCACCCUUUUAAAAGCAACAAACAGAAGUUUUGCCGCCAGACAGCAUCAAAAUCUGUACCAAAGAUGAAUAAUUCUUCCAGAGGUCCAGGGAGGGAAUUCUUUCAGUAAACAAUUAUCAAUAUCUUUAUUCUCUCCUUUCGCUUCAAGUGGUUCUGUUUUGCAGAGUCAUGUUGGACUCAUCCCUCCUCAUUCAAUGCUUCGCAAAUUCUUCUUCUUGAAAACCUCACCCUCCUCAAACCUACACUCCUUCCAUCACCAACUCACAUUCUCAGCGAUUCCAAACGGGUCAAAUCACCCCUCUCAUACCCUUAAACCUCGGAUAUACACACAUAUCUUGCAAAACUGUCUGCAAAAAAGCAAGCAAGUCAAAACCCACAGCCUGUUUGAUGAAAUACCUCAAAGAUUAUCUCAAUUUUCAACCACCAAUAAAAUUAUCCAUGCCCAGAGCCUCAAACUUGGUUUCUGGUCAAAAGGGGUUCUAGGCAAUGUAAUCGUUGACCUUUAUGCCAAGUGUGCUGAUGUGGACUAUGCGGAGAGGGCAUUCAAACAGCUUGAAGAUAAAGAUAUAUUGGCCUGGAACUCAAUUCUAUCUAUGCAUUCAAAACAGGGAUUUCCACACUUGGUUGUUAAGUAUUUUGGGUUGUUGUGGAAUUCUGGUGUGUGGCCAAAUGAGUUCACAUUUGCGAUUGUUUUAUCAUCUUGUGCAAGAUUGGAGAUGGUAAAGUGUGGUAGGCAAGUUCAUUGUAAUGUUGUUAAGAUGGGGUUUGAGUCAAUUUCUUAUUGUGAGGGUGCUUUAAUUGGUAUGUAUGCCAAAUGUAAUUUUUUAACUGAUGCUCGAAGCAUAUUUGAUGGAGCAGUAGAAUUGGAUAAAGUUUCUUGGACAUCGAUGAUUGGUGGGUAUAUUAAAGUUGGUCUGCCUGAGGAGGCAGUGAAAGUGUUCCAGGAGAUGGAGAAAGUUGGACAGGAACCAGACCAGGUAGCAUUUGUGACUGUCAUAAAUGCAUAUGUUGAUUUAGGAAGGCUAGACAAUGCAUCUGAUUUGUUUUCCAGGAUGCCUAACCGGAAUGUUGUGGCUUGGAAUUUGAUGAUUUCAGGUCAUGCCAAAGGAGGUUAUGGGGUGGAAGCGAUUGAGUUUUUCCAAAAUAUGAGGAAAGCUGGUAUUAAAUCCACGAGAUCCACGUUGGGAAGUGUAUUGAGUGCUAUUGCAAGUUUAGCGGCUCUUGACUUUGGCUUGCUAGUUCAUGCUGAGGCACUUAAACAGGGGUUACACUCAAAUGUUUAUGUUGGAAGUUCACUGGUUAGUAUGUAUGCUAAGUGUGGGAAGAUGGAAGCAGCAAAGAAAGUUUUUGAUACUUUAAAUGAGCAAAACGUAGUGUUGUGGAAUGCAAUGCUUGGAGGAUAUGUGCAGAAUGGGUAUGCCAAUGAAGUCAUGGAAUUGUUUUUUAAUAUGAAGAGCUGUGGUUUUUACCCGGAUGAUUUUACCUAUAGCAGCAUUCUGAGUGCCUGUGCUUGCUUAAAAUAUUUAGAUUUGGGCCGUCAAUUGCAUUCAGUUAUUAUCAAGAACAAAUUUGCAUCCAACUUGUUUGUUGGAAAUGCUUUGGUAGAUAUGUAUGCUAAAUCUGGUGCUCUUGAGGAUGCAAGGCAACAAUUUGAGCUGAUAAGAAAUAGAGACAAUGUUUCUUGGAAUGUAAUUAUUGUUGGAUAUGUGCAAGAAGAAGAUGAAGUUGAGGCAUUCCAUUUGUUUCGAAGAAUGAAUUUGCUUGGGAUUCUGCCUGAUGAAGUGUCUCUGGCUAGUAUAUUGAGUGCCUGUGCAAGCGUUAGAGGUCUUGAGCAAGGUAAACAGGUGCAUUGUCUUUCAGUCAAAACUGGUCAAGAAACAAAGCUUUACAGUGGAAGUUCCCUCAUCGACAUGUAUGCCAAGUGUGGGGCUAUUGAUUCUGCACACAAAAUUCUUGCUUGCAUGCCUGAGCGAAGUGUGGUCUCCAUGAAUGCACUGAUUGCAGGAUAUGCUCAAAUUAAUUUGGAACAGGCAGUAAAUCUGUUUCGAGAUAUGCUAGUUGAAGGAAUAAACUCCACUGAAAUAACAUUUGCAAGCCUUUUAGAUGCAUGUCAUGAGCAACAGAAGUUGAAUCUAGGAAGGCAAAUCCACUCUCUUAUUUUAAAGAUGGGCCUUCAGCUUGAUGAUGAAUUCUUGGGUGUCUCUCUCUUAGGCAUGUACAUGAACUCCCUGAGAACAACAGAUGCAAGUGUUCUCUUCUCAGAGUUUUCAAAUCCAAAGAGUGCUGUAGUGUGGACUGCUAUGAUUUCAGGACUUAGUCAAAAUGAUUGCAGUGUGGGGGCUUUACAACUCUAUAAAGAAAUGCGCAGCUGCAAUGUAUUACCUGACCAAGCUACAUUUGUUAGUGCCCUCAGAGCAUGUGCUGUCGUAUCUUCUAUAAAAGAUGGUAGAGAGACUCAUUCUCUGAUUUUCCAUACCGGAUUUGACUCAGAUGAGUUGACGAGUAGUGCCCUUGUAGAUAUGUAUGCCAAAUGUGGGGAUGUAAAGAGCUCCAUGCAAGUUUUUAAGGAAAUGAGCAGAAAAAAAGACGUUAUUUCUUGGAACUCAAUGAUAGUUGGAUUUGCUAAAAAUGGGUAUGCAGAAGAUGCCCUAAGAGUCUUCGAUGAGAUGAAACAAUCACAUGUAACACCAGAUGAUGUCACUUUUCUUGGUGUCCUCACUGCGUGUAGUCAUUCAGGGAGGGUAUCCGAAGGGCGUCUGAUUUUUGACAUGAUGGUUAACUUAUAUGGGAUGCAGCCUAGAGCAGAUCAUUGUGCCUGCAUGGUUGAUCUUCUAGGCAGAUGGGGUUCUCUAAAAGAAGCUGAAGAGUUCAUUAACAAACUUAAUUUUGAACCUGAUGCUAAGGUUUGGGCUACAAUGCUUGGGGCCUGCAGAAUACAUGGAGAUGACAUCAGGGGCCAACAAGCUGCUGAAAAACUCAUUGAGCUUGAACCACAAAACUCUUCACCCUAUGUACUGCUUUCUAACAUUUAUGCCGCAUCAGGAAACUGGGAUGAGGUCAAUACUUUGAGGAGGGAAAUGAGAGAAAAAGGAGUGAAGAAGUUGCCUGGGUGUAGCUGGAUUGUAGUUGGACAGGAGACGAACAUGUUUGUGGCAGGAGACAAAUCUCAUCAUAGCGCAUCAGAAAUCGAUGCAAUUUUGAAAGAUUUGACACCGCUGAUGAGAGAAAAUGAUUAUGUUGUUCAGCUUGAUUUUUUUGGCGAUGAUGAAGAAUGAGAAAGGUCAGUCCUUCUUCACUACCUGCCCACCUGCUUACAAAGAAGAAGAGCAGCUUCUCAAUGAUUUGAAGAUUGUACUAUGACUUGUAGAAAGGGUCUACCUGAAGCAAUUGAUUGACAUCAUAAACAACCAGGUGUAAAACACAAUAUAACUGACCAUAAACAUAUUUGUUGGUUAUGGUCCUGAAAAUCAUUUAACUUUCUUACCAAUUCCAGAAUUCAGUUGUUAUCAUUCGCUUAGCUUUUGGCUCCUUCAGAUUGAUUUGACUUCUUAAUGCACUUCGGCCAACAUUGUGAUUUCGUUCUGGUUACAACAUCAUAAUGAGAAGCAAACGGAAGGAGUUUCCUCAGAGAGGGAUGUUUGAACUUUGAAAUGCCCUUCAGGAUCCCAACCCCGAAACUUGUGCUGAUAACCAUUGCAUCGGAGACUCAGUGGUUUGAUCUGCCCACUUUUAGAUCUGGGGAGAAGUUUAGUGCCUGCAGGCCAAGUUUUGUUCAACUCAUGGAUAAAGAAGACCACAAGGAAGCUGCAGUAGAACCACGUUAAUUACAGCUCAACUGCAGGCACAGCAUGGGACAGAUUUCAGACGUUAUUACAAAAAAACUACUAGCUGACGGUAGAGAGUAUCAGGCAGUGGUGGUUAAUUGUUAAACUUCAUUGGAAGAGAGAUUGACAGAUGGAAGCAGAGUUUCAUCUUUGAAAGUCAUUAGUUUCUGUAACUAUUACAAGCUUUUCACGUUGUUGUCUCUCAGGACAAACUCCCAAGUAAUACCAUCAAUCAAGUUUUUUACAUAAAAUCAUCAAAAUUCCUCUGUUGAGGAAAAUACAUUUUAACGA